CGCGGCCAGCUUCGACAUCGUGGGGGGAUGGCGGGCGGGGACAAGGAGCGGUGGCGCCGGGCCGCGCGAGAGAAGACCAAUUAUGGCCGGGCGCACGCGUCCCGAUCAUGUCUCUUGCGCGCCCCCGCCAUCGCGCCGCGGCCUCCUCCCCUGCGCGGCACCUCAGCGCGAGCGCGGCGCGCCAUGGCGAGCUGCAGGCGCGCAUCCGCGGCCUCAUGCGCGACACCGCGCAGCCCGUUGCUGUCGUCACUGCUAUCAUGCCCUCGGGCUCCUCUCCCUCGUCAGCGUCCUCCGCCUCCACGUCCGUCCUCCCCGUCUACCACGGCGCCACGCUCUCCUCCUUUACCUCCAUCGCCAUGGACCCGCACCCGCUCAUUGCCUUUGCGCUUCGCCUGCCCUCACGCAUGUCGACCGCGCUCAAGGCCGCGAGCAAGGACUGGGACGCCGGCGGCGCACACAUGGUCGUGAACCUGCUCUCCGCGGCGCAGCAGUCGCUCGCGCGCAAGUUCGCUAGGCCCGACUUGUACCACGACCCCUUCGGCUCGACGCACUACCGCCUGAACGCAGACGGGAUCCCCAUACUGGACGGCUCGCUCGGCGCGCUUACAUGUCGGCUCGUCUCCGCUGCGGUGCCGCUGUAUGACAGGGCGUACUUGAAGGCGCUGGGGGUGGACGAGCCGCCAGAGGCGGUGAUCCCGAAGCUGCAGAGUGGGGGAGUGAUCUCGGAGCUGUUUGUGGCUGAGGUGUUGAGAGUGGAGGAGUCUACGGCGUUGUAUGAGGGUCAGGACGACUUGCAGUCCCUUCCGCUGCUAUAUCACCGACAAGCGUUCACGACGAUAUUACCACCACCUACGCCCCUAAAUCCACCAGACGAGGAGUGAAUGCCACUGUCGUUCGCAGAAGUGUUGCAGGGACCUAUACGGUGUACGCCCAUGUACUAAUCAGAGCACAACGGGACCAGCGUUGAACUCGGACGCAAAUCUACGAGGGCACGUCCAAGGGAGGCGCGGAGGGAUAUCACCCUGCUCGCAGGGCACCUUGCGUGGUUCGAAAGAGUAC